CUGUGGUGAUGCGCCCGUCGGCGUCGAUGCGGUUCUUGUAUCGUCCAGAUUUGACGAACCGGACGCGGACGUUGGGACAGAUGCAAUCGACGGAGACGCGUGACUUAUGCGAUGCGACUGAGAGGAGCCCUCUGAUGCACUGCGCAAAUGAGUCCUGGAUGAUCGUCUCGUUCUCGAUGAAGGAGAACAUGCCGGUGGUGGCCUCCGCGAUGGUGUGCAUCGCCGCUGAAUCCUGGUCAGUGCCGGAACCAAAGGUGUGGCCGACGCGAAUCAUAGAAGAUGGCACGAGCACAUUGUAGUCGGUGGCCGCCGCUGACCUUGGAGGCUUGGAUGUAGCGUGUAGCUGUCCUGGCCGUUGGAGAUGAGGAUGACAGCGGAGACGGUGUCCUAGUAUUGGCGGCCGUCAAUCAUCCUUGCAGCUUCGCGGAGGCCUUCUUUGAUGUUGGUCCAGCCGCAGGCGACGAGGGGCUCCACGGCAUGCUUGCCGCUUGGACGAGGCCCUCCUGUCGUUGGACACACGCGUGAGACGGCGCGUGGUGGAGGAGAAUGAGACGAGGCUGAGGCGGUGGUCAGGUCCCAGCUUGUUGACGACGAACCCCAUGACCUGCUUCAGCAGGGCCAGCUUGACACCGACCAUGCUUGUGCUGAUGUGGCACCAUCACAAGGUCGAGUGGCGCCGCAGAUGCACUGAACAGAGGAAGUCGACACUGGUGUUUGCUUGCCAUUGGAAUGUUGCAGAUGAACUCCUUGUCAAUGGCGUGCAUGGUUGCAGAGAUGCAAACUUUACAGCCUUGUACAUCCACCGGCCACCGCUAGUAUGUCUGGACGUAGUGCCUUAUUCUCCAUGUAUACUAAUGUAUGAAGAGUCAGAUUAACUAGAAAGCUUUGAGAUUAGUUCUAACGCGACAGGUGUCACAAUCUGACAAGGGGCCCUAGCUGGAAGGUUGUGCGGCCCAGCCGCAUAGAAUUUUUUUCCGACGCCAAACGUCAUCCGGAAUCCUGGGAUCCAUCGGUAAUCGGGCUUCAGGGAUUUUGACCCUAGCGUCUGGGGUAAGUGGCCGCGUUAUACACGCCUAGGUUUUCCAAAGAAAACAGAGCGGCGGCGAAAGAGGGCGCCCUACCCUACUGCUACUGGUCUGGUAGGGGUGGAUUCAGCGGGAAGCGAGUCGUCGACGCGGAAGGAAGCCGUGGAGGAGACGGGAAUAGGUCUGAGAUGGCGGGGGUGAGCUCUGACUCUGAGGCGAGGAUGGCGAAGGUAAAGAAGAUACAAGAGCGCAUGGCGAUGACAAAGGCCUUCCUCCAGAGACAACAGAAGUUGCCAACGAAGAAGAAGGCGAAUGAUGACGAAUCAGCAGAUCCCAGUUCCACCAAUUUAGUGGCCAUCCAAGAUAACCAUCUCGACAAAGGUAAAUCAGCAUUGGCCAAGAAGACGUCAGAUGAGGAGGCGAUGGAUUACGCUUGGUACCGUCUAAACUGGGAAUCAAAUUGUUGCAAAAACUGUGACUACUUCGAAAACUUAACGGUGCUGAGUUCAAUGCAGUUUACACACUACACACCCGGAAUCAUCCCAUACAACAGUGCUGGCGCCGCCGUGGAUACCUUGCAGAUCUUCUCCAUGAAACUCAAACUCACAGAUGACAUUGCUGGUGGUUUUGAGUUGCCAUUGUCUGUGUACGGCGUAGUUGCUGUCCGAGACACUGUGGAUUCCAGCCGAAACAUUCUCUUCUCUUGCGAUAGGACCAUGGCCCAAGAACUGACACAGGAUGAUCCUUUUCUGCACUUGACUGGUCCGUCCCGUGCGAUCGUGUCCAUGGAUACGGUCUACUUUGAGAUCGAACUGAAAGUGAAAGGUGCAGCAGACUCUCAAGACAAAUCGUUGAUCACUUGUGCACAGGGUUACACCGGAGGAUGCGGUCCUGGCAUAUCAACCCUUUGCUUGAAGAACGUCUUCUGUACGCUAGAGUUGUGCUCGCAGCCAGUUAAACGAACGGUCCAGGCCACUAUCUUGAGCAUCCAGAUUAUCAAGAAGAAAGAGCUAUGGCCUUUAAGUUUUGCAUAUGGUGGCCUGGUUGCUUGCACCCCACUACCAAGGGCGACAAUGGUGGCAGCUGAUUGUGAAGUCUCAUCCAACCAGAUUGUUCUGAUUGAGUCGAGAGGUAAACCAAUGCCGAAAGGUGCUCGUGGGUACGUACAUCUGUGGAGGCAAGUUGUUUCUGUAGAAAGUGGAGGAGGGCUGGACGUUGUCAUACAAGCCUACUCCAAAUCUGGUGCUGUCCAUGCAGAAGGUCGUGUCCAUUUCACGGCCCAAAAUUGCUACGUAAGCCAGGAGGAAUGUAUUGUUGGUGAAGCUCAGGUAACUAUUGCUGUUGCUUGGUCCCUUGUUCCCGACGACAUGGACGAUGUGGUGUCUGCAGAGUAGUUGUUUGAAGCUUGCGGCCAGGAGAUUUCAAUCAGUGUGAUGUCCGCAGCAUAUGUUGUGCUGCUGAUUACUUCGCACGACUAAAUUGUCUGAGUAACUGAGUUAGCUUACUUGCUUAUUUUAGUUUACGAAAAGCUUGCUUCUUUUCGCACGUGGUGGAUCCCAGUCCAUCCACAUAUAACAUACGAACCAUGGGUUCCACUUGGGUUGCCACAUUGUCUGGCUAUUCUUC